AUGCUAACCUGCCCCACCUACCCCAUUGCAGCCCUGCAAGUGAUGGGUCUGAGAGGAGCACCCGACGAUGCAAGUGAACGCUGCAAACGCUCUGCUGAUGUGUUUGGCUACUACUACACGGAAAUUGACCUCUCCGACUUCGGUCGUACGCCCGACGAGGUAAAAGAAGAGGUGAAGCUGGCCAAAAUUAAACAGGCAAUUGAGAACAGCGACAGUGAGUACGCACUCAUCAUUGACAGCCACUUAUCUGUUCUCAUUGGGCGACCGAACGAUCUUAUUCAAACGGCUGAAAAUCUUAAGGCGGACUACAUUUAUGUUGCUGGGAACGCCGCAAGUGCAGAUGAAAAACCCCAACCUGAUUCUAUGUUUUAUGGCCUUUUUACUCGUACCAAACUGCUUGACGAAGCCAUUCCAAGACCCCCGUCAGUGCUCAGCAAGGACUAUGUUACGUCCUACCUCAAAGGAAUAGAGAAGCAAGCUGCGUCAGUUUUGAUGGACACGACGUCCAGUUUCUUUCAGCAAAUUACCACAGAUGCAGAUCUGAAUAUCCGCUUUGAACACGACCGUGGUUAUAUCCAAAACGUUCGCACUGAUACAGUGCCCGUAGUUGCUGUGGCAACAAACGAUCAUGAAUCAAAGAUUGUUGACUAUCCGGUGGUGAUGCUUGGUGUCUUCAUCGUCCGUCCAACUCCCUUCCUUGAGCCUUUUUUCAGACGUCUAGCAAAUCUUGAUUAUCCCAAGAGCCACAUCCACCUAACAGUCUUCUGCGCAAUACCAGAUCAGCAAAAGUUUGUAGACGAUUUCUUGGAUGUGCAUGGUUCAUUUUACCGGUCAGCUGAAGUAAUCAAUUCCGACUUGCACCAAGAGCAGGAUAAAGUAUUCCUGCAUGUAGCAAAUAUGUGUCUCGAAAGGCCCGAUUGCAAGAACCUCUUUUACGUUGAGGGAACUGCUCAGUUUACGUGGCCAGGAACGCUCAAACACCUCGUUUCAGCCAAUCGUAGUGUAGUAGCUCCUCUUAUGACUCGCCACAACACCUUCUGGUCAACUUUCUGGGGAGAUAUUGCCGAAGAUGGGUCAUACAAACGCUCCAACGAUUAUUUUGAAAUCGUGGAACGUCGUAAACGUGGUUUGUGGAACGUUCCACUGGUUGGAUCCACUUUCCUGUUAAGUCGAUGGGCGCUGUUGGAAAUUACAAGUGACUUUAUUGAGGAGCAAUUUUUUUAUCUGUCCCUUUCCUCUACGACAACCAAAAGGAAUGUCUUUAUGUAUGUCGAUAACCGCGUUCAAUUUGGUCGUCUUACCAAUCCCACUACCUUUGGUCUUGUUCAUUUGCACAACGACUUGUGGCAACUCUUCGACAAUCCCAUUGAUUGGGAAGAGGCCUACAUCCACCCCGACUACUACAAGUUCACAAAUAAAUCCAUCACAAAGGAGGACUUCGAGCAGCCAUGCCAGGAUGUCUUCUGGGUGCCGUUGAUGUCUGAGCUCUUUUGUCGACAGUUGGUGGAAGAGAUGGAACACUACGGCAAGUGGUCUGACGGUUCAAACUAUGACGCUCGUCUCGAGAGUGGCUAUGAGGCCGUCCCAACUCGUGACAUCCAUAUGCGUCAGAUUGAUUGGGAAGAGCAUUGGCUCCACGUCCUUCGCACCUAUGUUUACCCUAUACAAUUGAAACUGUGGGAAGGAUAUAACGACAAACCAUGGGCAAGAAUGAAUUUUGUUGUGCGAUACAGACCCGGUGAACAGCCUUCUCUCCGAUUCCAUCACGAUGCCGCCACCUACACUCUGGACAUGGCUCUCAACCGAGCUCAUGUCGAUUAUGAAGGUGGGGGUGUGCAUUUCCUCCGUUAUGGCUGUAAGCUCGUAGACACCCGCGUGGGUUGGCCACUCAUCUUUCCCGGCCGACUGACUCACCUUCACGAAGGCCUUGAGACCACCAGUGGCACUCGAUACAUUUUCGUCACCUUUGUUAACCCUUGA